CAUAUCCUCAUUCUCGCAAUGUCCGUCGAAAAAGACGUGAGCUCGCGACGUGUGACCGGUCUGCUGCCGACCCUCAUGACCCUCGUUUGCGACAGCUGUGUAUCCUCAUCAGAAACGGAAGAGUUGACGACAUACGGUAGCAAUAUUCUCGCAUUCAAGCCAUGACGGUCUGGACGGCGCAGACGAGCCUUUACCUCUUCCACAUCAGCUUCGGCCGCAGUUAAAGCUAACCCUCCUUUCUUCGUACCCUGAUGGGCUUUAAGACGGUCAUUGCUGCUGCAACGGCUUCCCUGUCGAGGCGAAACAAGGGCAAGAGAUCUGCAAGCAACCGAGACACGGAAAUGGCCGCGGACGAAGAGAGAGCGCGAAGACCCCUCCUGACAGAGAACAUACAGCCGAAGCAGUCAUCUGGUUCCGCUGCGCCGGUGUCGACGCACAGCUAUGGGGCGACGCAGGGAAGCUCAAAUAUCCACAGCAGCCCUGAACAGUACAGAAGAGAUAGCCUGCUGGGCAGAGUGCCGGAGGAGGGUGAUUCGGUAGACGAGGAGGUGCUCGAUGAGGCGGAAGAAGAGGAGUGGGAUCUGCGGGAGAGAGGCUUUUACAUCGGAUCCUACAAGAGAAAGGUCGCGCUCUAUACCCUCGUACCGCUGAGCUCCUUGCUAGUCCUACUGCUGCUCGCUCUCCUUCCGCCACUUCUGUGGAAGCACCUCGAAUCCGACCCACCCCUCUACACACGCUCCGCUCCCUUCCCUCUCCCCGAAGUGCUCACCGGCGCCGCCCUCUGGUCGCUCUCGCACCAGCUGCGCCUGCCGCUCUUCAGCCUCGCCUCGUACCUCCUGCCUUCCUCGCUCGCGCACACGCUGCUGUUCAACAUCGUGCAUGUCCUCCUGAGCACAGUGCUCCGGCUUGCCGCGCUGCCCGUGCUGCGCGUCCGGCACGAAAUGCAGUACCCUCUGCCGACGUGGCACGACGCUGCGUUCGCGCGCGUGUGGUGGGUUGCGCUCGGGUGGGCGCUGGCGGACGUUGCGGUGGGCACGGCGCAGGGAUACGAGCAGCUUGCUCUCUAUCGCGAUGUCAUGGUGCCGGAGGAGAGGGUGCGUGAGCUGUUGCUUGGCAGGGCAAGCGGCGCUUCGGAGAGCGCAGGGAGGAAGAGCCGUGCGUCGCCAGGGGAAGUCGUUGCUCUGAGCCCACGCCCUGCCCAAGAUGGCGAAAAUGGCAUGCAGAAGCCUGCGAAUGGACAUUCAGAGAGUGUUGAAGACGCGCUCAGGCUGGCUGUGGACAAGGACUUGGAGGAGCUCGUGCGCUUGAAGGACAGGGAGGAGCUGGAGGAGAUAUACGGCAUUGCACCGAUUGACAUCCCAGUGUUUGUUUCCUCGCUACAACGCAUCGACUCGCUCGUCCUCUCUCUCGGCCUUACGCUCAUUCUUGCGUGGGCUUACCUCUGCUCGCCGCUUGCAUUUUCCGACAUCGGUCUACCGCCGAUCUACUCUCACCGCGCUUUCGCCAUCACAUUUCCUCUCAUCUACAUUUUACUUCUUUUCCUCGCUCUCCUCCAUUCCCCACUCGUCCUCCCUCGCAUCGGAGUUCACACCACUGCCUACAUCGGCUUGCUGCUCGGGCUGGGAAGUGUGUUCGCAGGUCUGGGCUUGUGGGGUGCGUUGUCGUAGUGCCGAUAAGUCGAUCCAGGAGACCGCAACUUUUGAUGAACACACUAGGAUCAACGCUGAUCUAUGUGACAAUCUGACUUGCAUACGUUGUACAAACUUAUAUCUGUAUCUUCCCUGUGUCACGAUUGUCAGGUCGAUGGCGUGGUUCUCGCACACUAUCGAUGCGGCCGGGUGUCUACUAAACAGAGUUUAUGCAAAGAGAAUGGGAGACGAGUCAAGCUGCGGUGGCAAGCUAUAUCUUUCUCUUGUUUGAUGUUGAGAAGUGUGAAAGUUCCUGCCUCCUCUUCCUUCCCGCCUCCUUCUUUCGCGGUCUCUGCACCUCCUCAAUGUGCCUCUUCUGUACUAACUACAAGAGACAGCUGCAGGAACAUGAAGGCUAUGG